UAAUAGGCAGUCACGACAUGCAAUAAUCACGCGAUGGCAAGAGAAGUUCGAGUCUUCUUAGUUGGGAUUAGUGAAAUGAUAAGGAGCGUGAAUAAAUACUAGGUACUGUAUUUGUAUGUACCCAUACAUACAUAUUUCUAUGUGGGUUCCAGGAAGGUACGCACGUCCCUGGUCGUCGGUCCGUCGUUUGCUUCCCUGAAAGAACGAGGAAGAAUUAUUAUUAAUUUCUAAACUUUUCCACUCACACUCAUACAUAAUAUCACUUCUUCCCUUCAAGGUUCCAUCAUUCGCUGUAGUCGCCCAAAAAAAAAACAAAAAAACAUCAACUUUUCUAUCAACACAUCAUCUUAACCAUCACCAAUUCGUUGACAAUGUCUACUGCCUUCGUUCAGCGACCUGCUCCGGCUUUCAAAGCCACUACCGUCUUCCCCGGCGGCGAAUUUAAGGACAUCUCCCUGUCUGAUUAUCUCGGACAAUGGGUCGUUCUUCUUUUCUACCCUCUUGACUUCACCUUCGUCUGCCCGACCGAGAUCAUCCAGUACAACGAUGCCCUGCCGCGCUUCGAGGCCAUCAACACCACCGUGCUUGGCAUCUCGACCGAUUCACACUUUUCUCACCUAGCCUGGACCGAGAGGCCUCGCAAGCAGGGUGGUCUGGGCUCCGACUUGAAGCUGCCUCUGGUGGCUGACAAGUCGCAGAAGAUCUCGCGCAGCUAUGGCGUCCUAAUCGAGGAAGAGGGUGUUGCUUUGCGCGGCCUGUUCAUCAUCGACCCCAAGGGCACUCUCCGACAAAUUACCGUCAAUGACCUGCCGGUCGGACGUGACGUCGAGGAAACUAUUCGCCUUGUGCAGGCAUUCCAGUUCACCGACGAGCACGGCGAAGUCUGCCCGGCGGGCUGGCAGAAUGGAUCGAAGGGAAUGAAGGCUGAUCCCAAGGGAAGCCUUGAAUACUUUUCAGGUCAAGGAGAUGUAGUUGAGAAUGGUCAUGCUAACGGCAAUGGCGAGUCUAAGAAGCGAGUCAGAGUGGAGUAGAUCAUAUGGGGUCGUUGGAGAAAUCGGAGUAAACCCGAGGCCACUGACGUAUGUGGUUUACAGCUACCCAGUACCGUACCUGGUACUUACUUAAUAGGUAAAAUACCUAGUGACUACUAGGUAGCUGUACGGGGCUGUAAUGAUAUUAAUCUAGGUUAGAUCCUUUGAGCUACAGAGCUCCGGCAAUGCCUCAAGAUUACUUAGAUGGGGGAGAUAGACAUAGAGAUAGACGGAGAUGAAUAGCACCCACAUUCGAUAAUGAGAUCUUUA